AUGAGGAGGCCCCCCGCUGACCUCCAGACACCCCCGCACCUGAGAGUCUGCACCUGCGAGUCCAUUUGUGUCACCGCGAAGAGGACCAAAGCUGUGAUCUUCAUGACCAACCUGGCGAUAGCAGAUCUGGCCCAUGUCCUCUCUCUGCCACUGAGAAUCUACUAUUACCUGACACACACCUGGCCCUUUGGCCGGCUCAUCUGCCUGCUCUGCUUCUACCUAAAAUACCUCAACAUGUACGCCUCCAUACUCUUUCUGGUGUGUAUUAGCCUGCAGAGGUGUGUGUUCCUACUCAAGCCUUUCUAUGCCCGUCGAUGGAGGCGCCGCUAUGACGUGCUGAUCAGCAUCGCGGUGUGGGUGGUGGCCAGCUUGGGCUGCUCCCCUUUUAUUAUCGUGAGGAGCAGCAGCACAGCGACUGCACACGCUAGCUCACGCCAUGACCUGAGCUACUCCCACCCUGUCACCUCCACCCAGGGAACCAUGGCUUACACCAAUCUCUAUGCAUCACCGCUGUAUGCAAGCUCUGGAUCCAGACUGGCCUCCAGUUCCGGUUCCGGCACCCCCAAAGCGGGUUGUUUUAAAGACUUGCCCACACGUCAGCUCUCCCUCCCCAUGUCAAUCACAAUAAUGGCUCUCGCUGAGCUGUUUGGCUUCCUGCUCCCUUUGGCCGCCAUUAGCUACAGCUCUGCCCGCAUCACCCACUCCCUUCACCAGAGAAAGAACCAGGAGCAGCAGAACCCCGUGGGUUCUCUCAGCCCCUCGGCGUACCGUCGCUCUUAUUCCGCCUCCACCUCGACCAGCCAGACGGACAGGCUGUCGGACAAGCAGACCAAUGGUGAGAAGCGGCGCGCCCUGCAGAUGGUGCUGAGCUGCUUUGUCCUCUUCCUGGUGUGCUUUGCCCCCUACCACCUCAACUUCCUGCUCUACCUGAUGGUGUCGCAGCAUAUGGUGCCCCACUGCGCUACCCAGCUGGCCGUGCGCCAGUUCCACCCGAUGUCUCUGUGUCUGGCCAGCCUGAGCUGCUGCCUCAACCCUUUCCUCUAUUACUUUCUAACCGCCGAGUUUAGACAGCACCUCUACGAUCGCACAUCCUCCUUCACCUCCUCCGUCAUCUCCUCCCCUCUCAGUUCCUCUUUCCGUCAUCCUGCAUCGCUGCGUGAAAGACUCAUGAGCAUGGAGAGCACUUAGUCCAACAGGGAGUAGGCCCACGUUGGAUUCACUUUCUAUGAGAGCGAGAGA